AUGACGAGUGGGUCUCUUUAUGUGUGGGGCCGAGAGAAUGGCGUGCGUGGGAGCCCCAGACCGACGAGGGGUAAAAAGAAAAAAGCAAGCCAGCCGCCUCCUCUCUCCCCGCUCGUCUCCUCCUCUCCCCACGCCGCCCCUCCUCUCCCCGCUCGUCUCCUCCUCUCCGGCCGCUCCCCCCAGCCGGCGGCCCGGCGCCCACUAGCUGCUCUCCAGAUGCAUCCUCCCCAUGAUCCUGGGAUGGAGGGAGUCGUGGUGGCAGGGGACAGAUGCGUGAUGAGGAGGAGGCCGUGGUCAAUUGGUCAUGGUGGCGUGACGGAGGUCGUGGCUCGCCCCCCGCCGCCUCUCUCGCGGGCCCAUUUUCCCUGCCCCCUUCCCGGCGUCCUUACCUCUGCCAUGGCCUCCACCCUCCCUCUCCAUCGUCCUUCCCGAGCUCUUCCUCUUCGGGGGUCGCCGCCAUCCGAUGCCGCGCGCCAUGAUUCUAGAUCGGCCGUAGGUCGAGAAGGAGCGGUUGCUACAGUGAGGGCAGCAGGGUCCCCACCCCGGCGGCUGUGUGCAGAGGGGGAGAGGUCAAGGACGGUUGCCAGUUCAUGGAGGAGAGAUGCGACACAGUGGUGGCAUGGUGUUCAUCUCCAGCAGAGGAUGAAGAUGGAGCUGGCAGCAGGGAUCAUGGGAGCAACGGGGGUGGCUGGCCUCCCGAAGCUAGACGAGAAAGGGGGCAGCAGUGCAGGGACGGAAGAGGGUGUCCAUGUGCUAUCCAUUUCUGCUCAUCUUCAGCUUGCAGAUUUUUAUCUAAAAGCAGAGCUACCUACUAAUGGCUCACAAGAUAGAAAACUAAGCCUGAUUUCUCAGGAAUCUUCUGCUGUGGCGCUUAUGCGUCUAAGAUAUUAACAGGGCAGAGGCUCUAGAGAGGAGGUUUGAUUUUCCUUUUCGGGAUUUGUAGCAUGAAUGCAAGAAUUUCUCCUGUAGGUUUGGAUAUGUCCUUACUUUCAUGGCUCAAUCAUCAAAUGACGUCAAAAUUGAAUUCCUGAAAGCAAGGACACCAGAUCCGCGUCCUCAUUGUCCCCCCAGCCUUUCUCAUUGGACGAAGAUGACAGGGAGGAGAGGAUGCUAGCCAGGAAGGUGCACAUGGCAUUGGCGUCGCCGACCCCACACCAGCGAUGGCCAAGGAGCCAUCGGCGAUGGUGUAGCUGCAGCAGCCUGUCAAUUGGAGGAGAGGCCAAGGACCAUGGUUGAUCUAAGAGCAGUCUCAACUUGCUUGUAGAUCUGUUCUGGAGCAUGGUUCAUUUAUCUAUGAUUCCCCACCCUAACAAAGCAUGGUCCACAUCUUGAAUUUGAAGUGAACUUCAGUCUAAUUUGUUGCUGGUUGUGCUGAACAGUUCGGUCAGGGUGGACGUGCUUUUGUUCUAUUUGUGAGUUCCUUUGUCCGAGUUGAGUGCACCCAAAAUUGACUGCCGGGAGAAUUUGUACUGCCCAUUUGACGGUUUUGGAGGCUCAUGGUUUUGUGGCAUGGAUUGCUGCAUAUAACAUCUUCUAUAUCGUUUGCCGGUAGAAAGAUGUUAUUGUCCUGAGAUAUACUCUUCUGGGAUUAUGGUGUACAACUCCUGCUCUGUUGCAAACUGAAAUUCCCAUCGGGUUCCAUGUGUUUAUAGGGUUUCUUAGCCCCAAUAGGCAGUGUGAUAGGCACGACCUUGUUGGUGAUAUUUCUCAAUUGUUCUUUGAAUGCCCUUUGGCCAAGCUGUGGUGGCCUGAUCUUUCUAAAUUAGUUGAGAUCAAUAUGGGCAUAUUGCUAAAUGUUGGUUCAGCAGUAACAAGAAUAGGUAUUGUUGUUGCC